GGAGCGCCGCAGCACGUGGUUGAUAAAAUGAACCAGGACUUCGGGCUCGACCGUCCCGCUUGGCAAGAACGCAUCCGUCCUUGGAUCGGCCCUGCCAAGGUCGCGAGGGACAGCGCCAGGGAGGUGACCAAGAGGUUCUUCACCGUGACAGAGACGAGAUCGAAAGAGACUCAGAAGGGGACCGAUGACGACAUUACCGUCUCUCGGACGGAGUUCAUGGCGUUCGAGGGGUUCUGGCACAGGAAGACAGAUGAGGAGAGCACGCUUGAGCUUGGACGGAUUCGCGCAGAGCAGAAGGGCAAGUACGACGUGACGUGGGUGGAAGACGGCGAGGUGAAAGUUCUGCAGAAGAUAGCUACGAAGGGCAUCGGUCGGGUCAGGGCGUCCAAAGGCGAGUCCAAGUCCAAUUGCAGCAUGCAGGUGGAGAUGGAGACGUCUGCGCUCGAUGCGGAGGUGAAGCGCAGGGCCGACAGCGUGGACACCUUGGACGCCUCCACGGUCGGUGUGGCGACGUCGCCUCGCGAGGCGCUUCGGGGAGCUGAGGCCCCAGACACAAGCAAGGACGGCGCGAAGUUGAAGAAGGGGGCGCCGUCUGAGAAGGGCGGCAAGACCAAGCUCUUCAAACCCAAGUCGGAUAUCAACAUUGACGACGCCACCGGGGGGCGCGUCGCGCCGACGCUGGAGGACAUCGAGAAGAUGGAGCCCGUCGUGUUCAUGGAGGUGAAGCGGCACUGGAGUGAGAUGGCGCCCCACGUGCACGCUGGUUUCAUGGCUACUGGGUCGGGCUACGUGUGUCAGCUCAGGGCCGCCAGCGACGCCGUGGGCAACGAGGCGCAGAAAGACCUUGACAUGCCGACCGACGAGCUGAUCAAGCUCGGUGCUGACUGCAACAAGUCGAGCUUCGCCGGGUAUUCUGCUAGGCUUCAUUCCAAGAUAGACGAGAUCGAGAAGACGAAGAAGCAGGCGUGUACUCAGUUGGACGGCCUUCGGCAUCUCAACGGGAAGGGCGGACGCGGCAAGCAGAUCGAGUACAUGAGCCACUACAACAAGCGCAUCAAGAUAAUGCGCAGGCUGAUGAAAUGCAAUUUCGCGAAGGAGCUCGCCGACGACAUCUCCAGGGGCCCCGUGGCACUGAAUGGCAGCAGCAUCGACCCCUUCAAGUUCACGGUGUGGAACGACCCAAAUUCUGAGGUGCACAAUGCGGUCUCCAGGAUCAUCCAGACUAACUCCGAGGCCAUCGAUAACAAGAUCAAGGUUCACGACAGCUCAUUCAACCCCAAAGGCCAGAACUGGCUAGGCUGCCUGGGUCGCGUGACGAGCGACUGGGUGGUUACCGACGUGGAGGCGUUGGGCGACGGCUACUUCGAGCUCUGUACGGGUGGUGUAUCGCCGUGGUUGAUGACGAUCAAGGCCGAUUGCCCUCGUUGGGGUCCAGCGUCCGUUCCUCUCGUGGGCUUCGAGUGCAUGGUGAUUGCACGCGCGAAGGAUACCCGCAUCAUGUGCCACGAGGCGGCGACAGUGCUGCAGAACGGCGCGUCGCUCAAGGAGUUCUUGAAGUUCGCGGAGACGGAAGACGGCAGCAACGGCAUCCAG